AUGCCGCCCCCUGUGAGCCCCCGUUCCGCCCCCGUUCCACCCCGGGAGGCGGAGCGCGGGGACACGGGGCGGGUCCGGUGGCGCCGGUCUCCCGUGCGGAGCGGCGACACGUGCGCGGAGCGGCGGCGACGCGGAUCGCCGCCGGGCAGCGCCAUCGCCAUCGAGGAGCAUCUGGAGUUCGGCAAGGAUGGGCGAGAGCUGCACCAGGAGCUGGCCACGCCGUUCCAGGCGCCGCGGCAGAAGAAGAUGGAGGUGGAACCCACCGAGCACAGCACCUCCGAGCAGCUGAACCGUCUGCAGGGCAGCGAACAUGUCCCACAGAUGCAAGGCGACGGGAUCCCUCUGCCCAAGAAGGUGCUUUUCCCCGUGGAGCGCCUCUCCAUGCAGUGGCAGCGGACCCACCAGAUCGGCGCCGGGCUGAAAAACUUGGGGAACACGUGUUUCCUCAACUCCACCGUGCAGUGCCUCACCUACACGCCUCCGCUCGCUAACUACCUGCUGUCCAGGGAGCACAGCCGGACCUGCCAGCAAGGGGAGUUUUGUAUGCUGUGCAUUAUGGAGAAGCACAUACUGCAGGUUUUCAGUAGCAGCGGCAGCGCAAUACAGCCCACGGCCUUCGUCAGAAACAUCAAGAAGAUUGCCACGCACAUCCGCUUAGGCCGCCAGGAGGAUGCACAUGAGUUCCUGAGUUUCACCAUCAAUGCCAUGCAGAGGGCCUGCCUGGAUGGCUGCACCCAGUUGGAUCACCAGAGCCAGACCACAACGCUGGUUCACCAGAUCUUUGGUGGCUUCCUGCGGUCGCGUGUGAUGUGCAAAGUGUGCAAUUGGCCCUCGGACACCUAUGAACCCUUCCUGGACCUGGCGGUGGAGAUUGAGGAAGCUGAAAGCAUCGAGCAGGCACUGAAGUUGUUUGUGAGGCCAGAGAUGCUGUGCGAGGAGAACGCCUACAUGUGUGACAAGUGCAAGACCAAAGUGCAAGCCAUCAAACGCUUCAGCAUCCACCGAGCCUCCAGUGUUCUCAUAGUCUCGCUGAAGCGCUUUUCCAUCUUCAGUGGAGGCAAAAUCAAGAAGGACGUGACAUACCCUGAGGUCUUGGACAUCCGACCUUACUUGUCAGAGGACAAAGGGGACCCUAUGAAUUACGAGCUCUACGCCGUGCUGGUGCACUCUGGGUACUCCUGCCGCUCAGGGCACUACUACUGCUACGUGAAGGCCAGCGAUGGGCAGUGGUACCAAAUGAAUGAUGCUGUUGUCUGCCUCACCAACCUCAAGGUGGUCCUGAACCAGCAGGCCUAUGUGCUUUUCUACGUGAGAACACCCGGCACCAGCAAGAGCUUUGAGGAACCCAUUGCCAAGGCUGUGUCCAUCGCGCCCAGCCAGCCAGUGAUGGGCCAGGUGAGUCCCGACGCUCGCUUCCUGGGAGCUGCUGCCACUCUGCAAGGGCAGGGGUUGCAGCUUUGGAGGAAGGUGGGCACAAGGGAGGACCGUUUGCAGGAGAGACCCUGCUGA